AUGAGUCAAUUAUUAUUUAUUGUAUUAUGUUUUAGUAGUAGUCUAAUGAUGAUUAUCCAAUCAAUUCCAUAUCAUAAAUCAUCAUUACCAUUUAAAAAAAUAGAUUCAUUGGAAAACUUUAAGAAAUUCUCAAUCACCAAAGAUAAUCCAAUGGAAACAAUCAUGAAAAAUAUACAACCAAUAAUGAUGAAAUGGAAUCAACAACCAGGUAAAUUUGAUCAUUUAUACAUUGUUAAAAAAUCCAUAAAUUAUGCAUUAAAUAAUUAUACUAUUAAACCAACAUUUUAUCAAUAUGUUAAAUCAUGUUGUAAUCGUGAAGUAAUGAGACCAAUGGGUGGUGGACAUAUGACUGGACCAUGUUGUAAACAAUUAAUUAAAUUUAAUCAUUUUAUUUGGUUAUCAUUUCCAUGGUUUAAAAAAACAUUAACAAAAUUAACUACUGAAUAA